CUCCGCCGCGCUGUCGCCGCGCCUCUGCCCUGGAGCUGCGCUGCCGGCGUUGGCGGCGCGAGCGGAGGGAGGGGACCGGCGGAGCUGGUGAGCGCUCGCGAGGGGCGCCGCGGUGCCAGCAGUUCCCCUCGCGCGGGGCGGGCGGCCACGGUGAGCAGCAGUCGGCGGGGCCCUGGACGGCGCCAUGUCGGCGGGCGGCCCAUGCCCGGCGGGAGCAGGCGGCGGCCCAGGGGGCGCCUCCUGCCCUGUGGGGGUCUCCCCUGGCGGGGUGUCCAUGUUCCGGUGGCUGGAGGUGCUGGAGAAGGAGUUCGACAAGGCCUUCGUGGAUGUGGAUCUGCUUCUGGGGGAGAUCGACCCGGACCAGGCGGACAUCACUUACGAGGGGCGGCAGAAGAUGACCAGCCUCAGCUCCUGCUUUGCGCAGCUUUGCCACAAAGCCCAGACUGUGUCCCAGAUCAACCACAAGCUAGAGGCACAGCUGGUCGACCUACGAUCUGAGCUGACAGAGACUCAAGCGGAGAAAGUUGUGCUACAGAAAGAAGUACAUGACCAGCUUUUACAGCUGCACUCCACGCAGCUCCAGCUGCACGCCAAAACUGGCCAAAGUGUUGACUCCGGCACCAUCAAGGCAAAACUGUCUGUCCCCUCUGUGGAGGAGCUGGAAAGAGAGCUUGAAGCAAAUAAAACAGAAAAAGUGAAAGAAGCCCAACUCGAAGCUGAGGUGAAGCAGCUAAGGAAGGAGAAUGAGGCCCUGCGAAGGCACAUAGCCGUCCUCCAGGCCGAAGUCUACGGGGCCAGGCUGGCUGCCAAGUACUUGGAUAAGGAGCUGGCGGGCAGGGUCCAACAAAUCCAGUUACUAGGACGAGAUAUGAAGGGACCUGCUCACGAUAAGCUCUGGAACCAGUUAGAAGCUGAAAUACAUUUGCAUCGCCACAAAACUGUCAUCAGAGCCUGCAGAGGACGCAGUGACUUGAAGCGACCCAUGCAAGCGCCCCCAGGCCAUGAUCAAGACUCUUUGAAGAAAAGCCAGGGAGUUGGUCCAAUUCGAAAAGUUCUCCUCCUUAAGGAAGAUCAUGAAGGCCUUGGCAUUUCAAUUACAGGUGGAAAGGAACAUGGUGUUCCCAUUCUCAUCUCCGAGAUCCAUCCAGGACAGCCUGCUGAUAGAUGUGGAGGGCUGCAUGUUGGAGAUGCUAUUCUGGCAGUGAAUGGAGUUAACCUACGGGACACAAAGCAUAAGGAAGCUGUAACCAUCCUUUCCCAGCAGAGAGGGGAGAUUGAAUUUGAAGUGGUUUAUGUGGCUCCUGAGGUGGACUCCGACGAUGAAAACGUGGAGUAUGAAGACGAGAGUGGACACCGCUACCGUCUGUAUCUUGAUGAGUUAGAAGGCGGUGGCAGCCCUGGCGCUAGCUGCAGGGACAGUGGUGGCGAAAUGAAAGUGUUACAAGGAUAUAAGAAGACAGUGAGUGACGCACACGAGAAUGGGGACAUGGGGGCUUCAGGCGAAAGCCCGCUGGAUGACAGCACUGCGAGAGAAGCCGAGCUGCACAGCCUGCAUCAUAGAAAGGCUUACUAACCCACCCAUCCCCAGACGCUCGCUCGUCAGACUCUUGCAAUUUGGGGCACUAGGGAAGAUGGCACAAAGACUGCACAAGAUCAAGGGAGGCUGUGUGUUGCCUAAAGACAGGCUGGAACCUCAGGGCUUCGUGUGAACAGUUCCAAGUGCAUAAACCCCUGUUUUCUGUGGUAGACCUUAAUUAGCUAUUGCAUGGAAGGCAAUUUUGAUUUUCCUGGACUCUAAGCACCAAAGCAUGUGUUUCCCGGGGGAUAUUACUAGGCUCUUCAGGGCCAAGUGGAUGCUAAUUCAUGGCUCCUUUUCAUAUGUCACAGGACAAUGCUAACUGGAUUUUCUAAGUACCCUUUAAAUACAGCAGAAUAGAGGAACCCAUAUCACAUAUUCCCUGAGGAUAAACUAGAAUUUCAGAUGACAGAACUCGACUCAGUGAAUUGCAGAAAUCUAGGUUGACAUUUUUGCUUAAUUAAAAAAUUUAUUUCAGGUUUUUUUUUUUUUUAAAGGUGUGUUGUACAUUCCUGAUAUCUAAAUUAAUUCUUCACGAUCAUUUGUUGUAAUGAGUUUGCUUUCCAGUUUAUUCAGCUGCAGUACAAAAUAGUUCUCUUUAGGCAAUCCUGUAUCAAUCAAUGCUGCACUAGAAAUAGUUUCUGAGAAGUUACUGUGCAUUUUCCUUUGGGGUUUUAAAGGAAACUCAGACGAGUGUAAAAUCCCUGUUGUCAAUUAUGUUGAUCUGUGUGCGUUGGCACUAGAGCACUACACUAUCAGUGUUUAGUCUCAAAUGUUUAUACAUUUUGAGUUGGUCAUUAGCUUUGUCUUGUGAUAGUCAGGACACAUUACUAUGUCAUGAAUUACAUUGUGUUCAGACUGCAGUUUGCUUUAAGUACCUGACUUGCCAGUCAUUGAAAACCAGGAACCAAGGUGGGCAAGACAAGGUAAAGACAUUUUGGUGCAGUGACUGUAUUGGUUUUCCUAUCAGCAUAUGUUUGGCUAAAGCAGUACUCACAUGCAAACUCUGUAAUUGUUAGCUCUCCUGUAUCAGAACAAAGCACAGAGUGCCUGCUCCCUCCUUCCUUAUCCACAGACCACAUUGCACCUUGCUGGGCAAAGGCAAAUACUGUCUUUAAAGUGGUGGUGAAGUUUGCUAUGUCACUGUCUUAAAGGGUUUACACCUAAGGGAGUAGUAAGUGGGAGGGGCCUCCACGCAAGGCUUUUAGGAUAUUAUUAUCUCCUUUCUUGGGAUGCUUGUUUUCCCCAGAUGCAUUAUAUAUUUGUUCAAAGUUAAAUCUAUAAAAUGUAUAUACUUUAUUUUGUGAUUUUUGCUAUUUAUAAAUUUAGUUUGUAACUGUUGCUCAUUUACGGUCUGUGUGGGUGGUUUCAUUCUUCAGAGUAUCACCGUGGUAACUGGUCACUAGAAAUGCACUUGGUCUGUAUAUUGUUACUGAUGCUGAGCUACUUUGUAGUGUAACAUUGCCUGUAAACAAGGUUAGUAUUUUAAUUGUACAAAUGAAUAAAAAAAGUUACACAUUACAGUUUGCUCCUGACAAACUAGGCCUCUUAAAAGAAAGAUUGUUUUUUCCCUCCUGUAUUCCUCCCAUGCCAAACACAUACCCUACUGCAUGACUUGAGAUCUUCAAAGUAGGUGGUAGCCAGUGUAUUCAGUUAGCUUAAGAAAAAAUAUCCAUGGUAACAGAUCUGAAAACAUUUUUGCUAUGACAUGAAACCAUGUUGUUCCUAUAGUCUUUCAACAUACAUUGCCUGGGAAUGACCUUGGCUUUUUUUUUUUUUUUUUUUUUUUUUUUUUUU